AUGUCUUCUGUCAUUCGAGAUUUAUGGGGCAAAUACCCAUCCUUUUUGAAGCUGCGAGGUCACAAAACUCUGUUGGACCUUAUUGGAGACCUUCCAAAUUCUGGAAAGGGUAGAAGAGUUUCACCCACGCUUUGGCAUCAGCGGGGAAAGAAAAUGUCAUGGUAUGAAAUCGAUCGAGUUGAAAUGGAUUUGGCUACAAACAAGGCACAGGUGUUUGGAACCAAAUUUAUAAACGGUGUAGGAGCAGACAAGAUCGCACCUAUUGGCAUUGCAUUCACUGAAAACUGGAGAUUCCACUAUUUCUCUGAAGAGAUAAAAACAAUUGAAAAAAAGCUAGGCAUUGAAAAGGUCUAAUCUACACAACCACCACAUUCAAACUCAACCCAGCGUUUCAACCACUUUAUAGCCCCUAGUCCAAUCUCGAAACAGAUUCAGUUGAGGUUUUAAGAAAUACAUUUAUAUUGCGUCUUGAAAUCUUAGUAGGAUGACUUGAUUCGUGAUACAUUGUUUUGCCAUUUUAAACGCCAUUGAUGCUCGGCCGUCUGCUCGAUCUGAAUCUGCUCAUUCAACAACCUAAUGCGUCGAUUAAUUUCUAAUGAAAAUUUGUCCAAUGUACUAUCGCGACUUGCAAUUAAAUCCGUAUGAAGUGGAGUAGAUCUAGCUUUCAGCACCUGGGCUAAGUGGUAUCGUUUGUUUUAAAUAUGUUGGUUGUCAAUUGGUGCAGAAACAUUAAAAUUCAACACUGUAGCAAUGCAUUGAUGUCAUGGAAAUCCUAAUACAGCUCCACUUACGUUGAUAGACCUCUGACUGAAGAGAUGCAAAUGGAAAAGAGCUGGUGGAACACGCUGCCCAUCUUUUA